CCGAAAUCUCCCCACGGCACUCCCACCAAGAACAACUCCGAGUUAAAUAUCUUUUGAAGGCUUGCCUGCGAGAAAUCCAAAGUCAAGGUUAAGUCGCUGGCUGUUUUAAUGAUCUUCCAGCGUUACCGUGAGCAAACAAAGAGUGCGGCGCUAUGUGCAGACCAAAGAGGUGCACAGUCAAGGCGGCAAGGUUCCCUGGCUGACUGCAAUUGAGAACCGUCAAUAUUCAUUCCAAGGUCUCUGACAAGGAUUAUAUUCAAGAUUCAGAAGCUCAUUUCAUAGCCUGGCUGCAUCUUUGACUACCUCUUUGUGCAAAACAAAGCUACUAAUCAGCCGCCAUGCCAAUCCUAAAACAACUAGUGUCUGGCUCCCAGACCAAGCGCCGCUCACGCAUGGACCUGACCAGGGAGAUGAUCAGUGCUCCGCUGGGCGACUUCCGCCACACCAUGCAUGUAGGCCGCAGUGGCGAUGCCUUUGGAGACACCUCCUUCCUCAGCACCCGCUCGGGGGAACCUCCCCCAGAGACCACAUCCUACCCCAGCUCUCCCAGGCCGGGCCUCCUGUCUCGCACCUUCAGAAGCAGCAAACGCUCCCAGUCGGUGACCCGAGUGGAUCAGCAGAGAGACAACACCCUGAUGGUCCCCGGCGGGUCCCCCACCUAUGUGAAGAAUGCCAUGUCCCUGCCCUUCCUCAGUGAUGGGGACAGAGAGGACGGCAUGGUGUCAAAGAGUUUGUCCUCCAGCCCUUUAAAGCAGCUCGCGGAGGUGGAUGGGAGAGGAGCGGCCGCGGCUACUCACUUCCUGGAGCUGGAAGAGCGAAGCUUUGGUGAGCUGACGGAGCUCCCGGAGACCUCACACCAUUACGGGGGUGGCAUGAAGCACGCCGAGUCAGUGAUGUCCUUCCACGUUGACCUGGGGCCCUCCAUGUUGGGUGACAUCCUCGGGGUGAUGGAGAAGGAGGAGGACGACCUUGGCUACGAGGAGGGCAAGAGCAGCGAGGGCCGCGCCUCGCCGCCACUCAGCACCCACGGUGAGGAAGAGGAUAGCGUGGAGAGAGAAAAAGAUGAGGAUGCGGUGGAGCAGAUGGAGGCAGAGGAAGAAGAGACUGAACUGCAGCAGCAGGCCUGUAUGCAUCCGGGCAGCUCCACCGAUCUGGGGCAUGAGAACGGAGGGCCCUACACCCCGGAGUAUACUCCUGAGACUCGUCCCAAACACUUGCAGCAUCUAGACAGCUGCUCCAUGUCCAGCUCUGGCUCUGCCGCCCUGGAUGAGAAGCCAAGCAGCCAGACCUAUGCAGGAGAUACAGACAGCGCCACCUUCAGUGCCCCACCAGAGGAGGAGAGCAACUUCUCCUCUUUCUUGGAGGAUGAAGACGAUGAGAUCCGCGUAUGAGAUCCAAAGCCUUCUUAGAAAAAAAAAAAGGAAAAAAAGGAACAAAAAAAGGGACAGAUCUGGGAGGAGUUUUCGUGAAAAUGGCAAGUCCUUUGACAGUGUGGAUUUGCACUUGAAAUAAGUCACUGGUGUCGGGUUCUGUGGGAAUGGAACUGUGAAGAAGACGGAGGACUCCUGCUUUGUACAGUAGGUCUGCAAGGAGAGAGUGACUGCCGCUUUAGGGCGAGCCCAAACUCCAUCUGUCAGAGAGCCUUACCCUUCACUUUCUGUUUGUCUGUCAAUCUGUCGCUCCCUUUUUGAACACUGAGGGAACCGACAUGGAAGAGCAGCCACUUUUUAAAUAUGGAACAUUCCAGAAGUAAGCAGGGAGGACUGGCUAGAAAGAAACUUUUGUAGGAAAAACACUUUCCAGAACUGAAGAUCAGUUCACGCUUUCUCCCUCUCUCCCCCCUCCUCUCACCCGAUGUGUGCUUUUUUUCAUUUGCUUUGUCUCUUGUUGUGCUUUCUCUCUCCGGCUGUGGGACAUCAUGCCUCUGUCUCCACAGGAUCACUGGGAGGUAUCUUGUCACAAUAAAGGGGCCUGUGUUUGGCACUGCAGUGUGAAGCCCUGCCUUGAGCCUCCUUCAUCUGAAACUCAAGUGCCAUAGAUGUGUCGGAGUUUUCUCCCUUGUGUAACUCAGGGUCCUCGCGACGCUGCUCAAAGGCUGUUGUUUCCUGCUGUGAAGCCGGACCACAAAGCCCAAAACCAAAAUUCUCCUCUGUUUUUAUUCCCCUGCGAGCACCACGUAGGCUUCGACUCAGCGUCAGUUUGAGAAAAGCAGGGUUGUAAAGCUAAUGGAGAUGCGUUGGCCUGCAUUAACUAUGACGCCUGUUGUUACUACAGGAAACCAGAGGUGUGAAGAGAAGCGUGUGUCACUCUGGAGAUGGACUGCACAAUGCGUUUGCUGACUCUUUCCCAGCGAUUAGAUCAUUUCUUUCACCCUGACGCAUAAAGAUGAUGAUUUUACAUAUUGAACUGACACGAACAGGCUAUCUUCCUCCGACUAAUCUGUCUAUUCAAGUUGAUGCAGAAACGAGCUUGAUAACCACUUCCUUCCUUGUUUUUUUAUACAUCCGAGCAGCUGCAGUGGUGCAACUGAACCUUGUAAAAGAUGUUGAUCCUCAUUAGUCCAGGGGCUGCCUUAAUGUACAAAACAGUUUCCACUACUAUUUACGAGGAGGGCUUUAGGGUACGUGUUGUGGGAAAAUCAGUGCACCAACAUGCACAGUUAAACCAGACACUACUAGUAUUUGAUGUUUAAUGCCUGUUGUUGUUUUUUUUUUUAUAUAUUUGGAAGAGAAAAAAAAUCUUUGCUAUGUUUGAAGAGUGGAUGAAAAAGACACAGCCAGCAAUACAUGCAAGAGCAUUAAGAAAAGCUAUUUUUAUGCAAGUUGCAUAGUCAUUGCAGCUCCACUGUAUCUCUUGCAUCAUUAAAAGCUGUGGCCAGAAGAGCCGGAGCGCAGUCGUGCUGAUUGAUUUCGCUGCCUUAACGGAAGCUGACAGAUGUGCCAAAUCAUAAUUUUAGCGCCAAAAAUAAUUUCAGUCGCUCAGAAGCUCGCUCUUUGGAAGGGCCUGUCAAGUCUCUCUGUCACUCCCUUGUCUGUGUGGGUAAUCACUGUUGAAUUUCGGUUCAGGCUGAGUCUCAUUUCUGAGGUUUAAAAAAAAAAAGUGUUCUAAGGUGUGAUAUCGUGCAGGAGGGAAAAGGAGAAGAAUUUGCAUAACUGGAUAUUUCUAUUUCCAAACACUACAUGAUGCGUUCAAGGUCAUUUCUAGAGUUUAACAAUGUUGUGCGAAUGGGAAGUGUCUUUCUGUAUAAUGUUGUAUAUUAUGCCUUACUGUUGUCUCCUUCACUGUAUAUUUACAGCCUUUUUUCUGUAUUACCUAAAAUAACCUAUAUUUUUCAAUAAAAGAAAUCCUGAACAUCUG